AUGUCUACCAUGGAGAAACCCUCCCCGGUCUACUUCACGCAAGAGAUGGCAGCCAGUGCGUCGUCGUCGCUUGAGACACAGGAACUGAAGGAAUGCUAUUCCAAUUCCGAUGUCAAGGCCAGGGAUCCCUUGAACCCGAGGAACUGGUCUUCGGCGCGGAAGACGAUGCUCUUUGUGUCGCUGAUGACGAGCUCGUUGUUGGCAGAUGGGGCUAUGGUGUGGGGUGGAACGCUGGUUACGGAACAGGCCAUGGAUUGGAAUAUUAGCAUCGCUCAUUCGGCGACGAGCAUGAAUUAUGGUAUUCUGCUGCAGGGGUUUGGGGGGAUUUUUGCUGUUCCACUCAUUGAAGCGUAUGGUCGUUUGCCGGUUUGGCUGUGGCCUCAGGUAAUCACCAUGUUCAUGGUGCUGGGUGCUACCUUUUCCAAUGAUUGGUCUACCUUCACGACGUUCCGCUCUUUGCAGGGUCUGUUUGGGACAGUACCUCAGGUAAUUGGGCUUCCGAUCAUUCAUGAUAUGUAUACCUCGGCUGAAUGGCCGCGGAUGAUCAAUAUUUGGGGCACCACCUUCCUCGUCGGACCAUUCCUCGGCCCCGCGAUAGCAGGAUACAUCGGCGCCGGGUCAGACUGGCGCACCUCAUUCGGAGUCCUGACAGCCAUCUAUGGUGUAUCCACAGCAAUGGUGAUCUUCUUCGGCUAUGAGACAUACCAUGAGCCUGGACGAACAGCCAAGCAGUCACGCCUCGCGUCUUAUUUUGGCAUUGGAAAUACCCUGCUUCCCAAGGGAUCGACGUUGAGCUAUUGGAGCCGAACAGUCGUGGUCUAUGUGUUUAAAUUCCCGUUGUUGAUGACUGGCAUCGCUAUCUUGGUAACAUUUACCUGGCCAAUUGGAAUCACAACCACCAUCGAUACCUUCCUGCACAGUCCUCCAUACUUAUUUGACACAAUCGGGGCAUCAUCGAUGCGAUUCGCCGGUGUGAUUGGAGCUUUAUGUGGUACGCAUCCUCAUAUUCCCCCACCUCUCCUGAUUCUCACCGUUUCCCUAGGCUGGGCAGUUGGCCACUUCUUCAACGGCUGGAUCUUCAGGCGCCAUAGCUCAACCUGGCGAACCGAGCUCCGCCUUCACGGUGUCUGGUUCCCGAUAGCUAGUAUGGCGAGCGGUCUCCUCACCUACGGACUAACCAUGCACUUCGGCAAGCACUGGAUUGGGAUAGCCAUUGGGUGGAUCAUGGUGAACAUCGGCAUGGUAGCCACGAUUGUUGCCAUCUCGGCCUAUGCGUUGGAGAAAUACCCAGAGCAGGCGACCUGUGUCUCGGCCAUUCUGAAUAUGUGGCGCACCUGUGGCGGGUUCGCGGUGGGAUACUUCCAGCCUUCAUGGAUUCAGCGUAAUGGACUCGGACUGGUUUUUGGUAUUCAGGCUGCCAUUCUGUGUGUGGCUGUCGCUUUGACUAUCACUCCUGUGUUCUUGUGGGAGCGGAAAAGGUGGUUGAGAGCUGAUGUUGAUGCUGAUGUUGAUGCUGAAGCUUGA